CUCAGCCAAUCUGAACGCUGUGACGAGGAGAGGCAGGAUCCCAAUAUUUAACACACGGGGCACUGAUACAUCCACACCUGUCACUGACUGCUCCUCGUGAAGAACUAAUGCACUUCAUCUCCCUCUCCGCGCACUGAAGGUGUCCACGCACGGGACUGCCGAGCCGACGUCCGCGCGGAUCUCGAGAAGUCACGGCGGCGAUUUCCUCGCGUUUUGUCGUUAUUUACCGGGACACGCGCUUUAUCCCGAACCUGCAAGGAUGCGACAGGACAACUGAACCUCACCUAGCACCGAAACCCGCGACCAUGCCGAAAAGAAACCUGUCUUGAUACAUCUGGAAACCGCAGGAUGCAGAAGAAGCUUUUCGCACCUAUUUGAACAUGGAUCUCCCGUCGUAGCGCGGAUUACAGUAGGACACCACAUGCGCCCCUCGGUCUCUUCAUUACAUGCCGUAUCGUGUUGUGGCAAGCGCUUUAGGUCUGAAGAUGAUCCUGUUCCGUAAAUUUCGCGUGUUGAUUUUAAUGGUGUUCCUCGUCGCCUGCACCAUGCACAUCAUGAUAGACCUGUUACCCAAGCUGGAGAAGCGCGCGGCGGGAGCGAGCUCCAGCGCAGGAGGUGGAGGCGGCUGCUCCUGCGCUCACACACCGGGCGAGGAGCCUCGAUCCUGGGCCAAACAGCGCGCCAGAGCCGCCGCCGCCGCCGCCGCCGCCGAACCGGGCUGGCCUAAUAAACACUCUUUGAGACUACUGCAGGAUUUCAGCAACGAACCCAACUCCAAUCUCACUUCGCACUCGCGGGAGAAGGUGACGGAGAAAGCCGAGUCCGAGAAGAGAGCGAGACAGCCGCAGCCGGGCUCGGAGAAGAGGGGUUUGAUGAGGGACACGGCGAGCGGACAGAGGCUGAGAGCUGUCCAGGGUUCCUCCAGGCUGAAGGCGCUCUACGAGCAUCCCCUCUACAAGACCGACCUGCCUCAUCUCUCUGAAGACGACACCUUGUUCAACCUCAACAAUGAUAUCAGGUUCUACCCCAAAGCUGGCGGACAACAAGAAUGGCAUAACGAGGGGAACGUGGAGGAGGAGGAGUACAGUCCGACAGGGGAGGCCACUGCUGAGUCAUAUCCCAACUGGCUCCGCUUCCACAUCGGGAUUAACCGAUACGAACUCUACUCCAGACACAACCCCGUCAUCGGCGCCCUGCUGAAGGACCUGGUCUCCCAGAAGAUCACCAGCGUAGCUAUGAAGUCAGGUGGAACUCAGCUGAAGCUCAUCAUGUCGUUCCAGAACUACGGUCAAGCCCUGUUCAAACCAAUGAAACAAACCAGGGAACAAGAAACUCCCCCAGACUUCUUCUACUUCUCUGACUUUGAGCGGCACAACGCAGAGAUCGCUGCAUUUCAUCUGGACAGAGUCCUGGAUUUCCGGAGAGUUCCCCCGGUGGCCGGCAGGCUGGUGAACAUGACACGGGAGAUCCGAGACGUGACCCGUGACAAAAAGCUCUGGCGGACAUUCUUCGUAUCCCCAGCCAACAACAUCUGCUUCUACGGCGAGUGCUCCUACUACUGCUCCACAGAACAUGCCCUAUGUGGGAAGCCCGACCAGAUCGAGGGCUCCCUGGCCGCAUUUCUUCCUGACUUGGCACUAGCUAAGCGCAAGACCUGGAGGAACCCCUGGCGCCGCUCCUACCACAAACGCAAGAAAGCUGAGUGGGAAGUGGAUCCGGAUUAUUGUGAUGAAGUCAAACAGACUCCUCCGUAUGACCGAGGCACACGACUCCUGGACAUCAUGGACAUGACUAUUUUUGACUUUCUAAUGGGCAACAUGGAUCGCCACCAUUACGAGACUUUCGAGAAGUUUGGAAACGAGACUUUCAUUAUUCAUUUGGACAACGGCAGAGGAUUCGGAAAGCAUUCACAUGAUGAAAUGUCCAUCCUGGUCCCUUUGACUCAGUGCUGCAGAGUGAAGAGGUCGACGUACCUGCGUCUACAGCUGCUGGCUAAAGAGGAGUUCAAGCUGAGCUCCCUUAUGGAAGAGUCGCUACUGCAGGACCAGUUGGCACCCAUCCUCAUCCAGCCCCACCUGGAGGCCAUGGACCGCCGCUUGCGUCUGGUGCUCAAGGUGCUGGCCGACUGCGUGGAGAAAGAAGGCUUCCCAUCAGUGGUGGAGAACGACCUGGACGGACAGCCCUCCUCGCACCACCACCAGGCGCACGGAGGGAGGUAGUGAGGCCCGAACCUCGGUUCCUUCCAGUCAGCCCCCGCCAUGAGCCCCGCCGAGGCUCGUGCUCGAGUCACGCUCUGAAUUCAGUGAAUUCCACGACUAGCCACCUGAAUGCCUCCGAGGAGCCACCCUGUUGUGUGUGUGUGUGGAUGCGGACCUCUGGGACGAAGACGCUGUUUCUGGAUGGCCGAGGCUUGUGUUUGAGCUGUGCUCGGAGCUGCAGUGCACACUUUUCUGUCGCAUCCCGAUUCGUUCGACGAGUCCGCUGACAUAGUUUAUGACAUUCGCGCAUUUCGAGUCGGCGAGUGUACAGACGAGUUGAUUUCGGGACUCGGAUCUAUAUAUUCAAAUACGCAACUGUGCUCAUGUAGGUCUUCGACAUAAGGGCACGUAAACGAGCUUUAAUGAUAGUGCUGCAGUGCAGCGCUACUGUGCAAGGACACUUGAACCCAUCCUCCCCUGUGCGUUCACAGUUCCACAUCACCCGAACUAAGCCAUCGUUUCAAUUGCGCCAUUGUGCCGUCAAGCCUUCAAUCACCGUGUCAGAUUCAUCACGUUUGUUAUUUCACUUAGGGAGAUUCGGAGGUGAAGUGCGCGCUUCAUUUGAGGUUAUUCAGUGGUGAAGCACGUGUUUAAACGUCUCCGUGGAGAGCGAGAGAAUUGCUCUGAUUGGUUCUUCGGGCGUCCUGCGCCCGCAGUCAGUGUUUCCAAUCUCAGGCCUCAUGCUGAAUACACCUGCUCUCUCUUAAUGAGAACCUUAAGGACGGGCUGAUGCUAUGCUAGAGGAAGUUCUUAAUGAUGUUAGUCGUACUUCACGCUGCAGGUAUCUCGAGUCUCAUCUGGUGGAGUGAUUUCAGCGCUUGAUUAUAGAGUAGGGGACAGGCUAGAGGGAAUGAAACAAACCAAUCGGUCCUAACCAGGAAGCAACAAACGAUAAUCAUUUCAUGUUAGUUUUUGUCCAGCUUAUAAGCAGCGACCUGAGACCAAACCUUCUCCUGCAGGGCCACUUUCCUACAAUGUACCACAAAACUCCUGCCUGGAUGUAUCUAGCAAGCCUAAAGAGCUUGACUGGCCGGUUCAGGUGAGUUUAAUUAGGGUUGGAGCUAAACUCUGCCAGAGCAGGACUGGACACCUCUGGAUAAGAUAUUUUGGUUGGUUUCUGUUUCUGAGUCAGUUUUUUUUUGUUAGUUUGUUUUGCUAACAGCGAACUCCCACUGGUCUGAAAUCCUGCUUUACAUUUUUGUGUGUCAUGCUGCGUUCCAUUCAGUCAGACGUGGGAUCUGAUUGCUCAUCCGGUUCACCGCUCGGUGUUCAAAACACGACACAGCAAACCAAAUGCUCCUGUCUUUGAAGACGUGUCCUGGAAACCGGUUCGGGGAGGCUACAUAAUGGUACUCAGUGCAAGCACUUGUUGUUCUGUGAGAAUCAAACGCUGCCUGUUUUUCUGGUUUUAGUCUCAUGAAAUAUGGAAAUUUGGACUCAUUAAUGCAUCAAAUGUUUAGGGUUGCUCCACCUGAAAAUUAAAUGUUGUCAUUAAUCACUUCCCCCCAUGUCGUUCCGAACCCAUAAAACACAGUUUAAGAUAAUGUGGAUGAAAACCGGGAGGCCUGUGACUGUCCCAUUGAACACUGACAAGAAAGUAUGCACUUUUUGUACAGAAAUUAAAAAAAAAGACUUUAUUCAGCAAUUUGAAUAUGUCUUUCAUACUUCUCUGGACCUUGACAGUGUUAUUUACUUGGCAGUCAAUGGGACAGACACAAGCCACCCAGUUUUCAUCAAAAAUAUCUUUUAUGAAUUUGGAACAACAUUUUUCAUUUUGAGGUGGAGUAACCCUAACAGUGUCCAACUCCGUGUGUGCUCCAACGUUAGCGUGAUCGUACAUCAAUAUCUACUCGGCGUUCCUUUGCACUUCCCCAAAUAUGAUUUUUAGACAGUUUGACUUUCGGAGAUCUGGAGCUGGAUUCAUGAAAAUCUUCUUGAGAUGUAAUAAUGUCAUGAGUUUUACUGCGUUUCGCAUGCAGUCAAAAGUCAUGUCACUCAUAAUCACGACCGAACAUUGUUUAUCAAUCGGUGGUGUCUUAUAAGUUAUUUUUUUGUAGUUGAAGUGCUUAAUAUCUGACGCAACGGAUAAGAUGGAGGUUGUCCAAUCUUCUUUGGAUUAUUAGGUUAUUCGCAAUAGUUCCUAAACUGUUGCUUUUUUUAGGUUUUGAAGUAGAAAGAAAACAACAGUUAAGAAUAGCUUAAGAUUACUCUUAAGAAUCAUUCAUGAAUCCAGCACUGAUUAGCAAACUGUGAAAAGUGGUUAGGCCUAUAGAUGGUUUUAUAAUUGGGUAUCGUUUCCUUCCUACUGUUCUGUUUUGUUUUACAGCGUUACUCACAUAUACUGACCUUUCAGCAAAAGUUAUUAUUCCACAGCUCUGUAUAAAAUGUGUUUUCAGCUCUCACUUAUUUUGUAUUGCGUAAACCAUGGCCAAAAAGGCAAUAGAGUGCCUUUUAUCUUUAUAGCAGUGGUGACUGCCACCUCCAGUCUCGUUCAUUCGCUCAUAUUCACAGCAUUGAAUCUUAAAGAGAUUUUAGGCGGACUCUAAACGAACCUUUUGGAAGUAGUCGUGUGUUAUAUGUUAAGAGCUCACGUUGCUAUUUAUUAAAAGAGAGUACAUUUGCGAGGAAAUCUUGUUGGGUUUUAGGUCUUAUUUUGCAUUUGAGAUUUUUUUUUUUUUUUUUUUUGUGCUUUAAAUGUCCCUGUCGCUCACAGAUAUUGUAAAGAUGAUAGUCUGACUGCUCUGUGUAAAAUUAGGGGCCACGUGUGUUUUGUGUUUAACCCCAGUGCCUGUGCAAUGCUCAAGAAACUUGAAUGUUUGGGAUUAUUCACAAACGGACCUUUUUAGUAGCCCAUGGCCUGGACUCAACGUUUUUUUUUUUUGUUGGCAGUAAGUAAUUAAGAGAUGGUCAAGGCUACUAUAAGCCAAACAGACUUGUUCCCAAUACUCUCAGUGUUUCUGUACAUAUCUGUACAUAUGAUCCAAAAGGCUGUUUUCGGAGCAAAACAAUUGCUUCAGUUUUCUUUUCCUCUCUUAGGCAUUGUUACUGUGAAGAUCUGUUUGCAAAAUGAUAAAAGUGUGCAAUAAAUGAAGCUAUGUUGUUGAAA